AUGGCUUGCUUUGAAGACUGUGCGGAAAUGAUAGAAUGGCAGUAUGAUGCAGGUCGAGAUCCAUGGUCGGGCAACCCAGGGGAUAGUGAAUGGGUCUCAUAUGAUGAUAUCACUAACGAGAUGAUUGAGGAAGCUUUUCAAGAUAAGAAAGAUAUGAUCUCAAUCAACGCUUAUUACAUUAAAUGUACAGCCAAUCAAAUUAUACAAGUUAACAAAGCAGACAAGAGUCGACAACGACCGGUCCGUCGUCGGCAAAUAGGCGUGGAUACACCACCAAGCAAACGUCAAACACGGUUUAGCGAAGUAGAAAAACCAGCAGCAAAAUCUAUUAGCAACUCGAGUGUAUGCAUGUCACCAUUUGUGAAUGAGUGGAUUCGGAAAAAUCCCAACUAUAAAUUUAGGGAGGACACUAUAGAAAAGCUUGCAGUAGGACUUCUUCGGGAAGGAGAAUUAUUAGGAAUGUUCGACCAUGCAAACUUUCUUGCUAAUCGUCUUAGAAAGAACAAAGGUGCUUCUCACGACGAAAUAGCGAAAUAUUGUGUCCGUCUUUACACAAAAGAAUCGUGGUUGUAUAAACAUGUGAACCGUGUUUUACGAGAAGGCGAUAUGAGCAAAGUCGACAGCCUUGGUCCAUUUUGCUGCUUCGUUCGUAGCUAUCUGUAUUCACCCCAGAAUAAGCGCUUAGGAGAGAUUGUUGUCUACCGAGUUAUGGAAUUAUCAGCAGAAGAUAUUGAGAUGUAUAAAAAAUCAAUUGGUGAAGUCAAAUCGUGGCUCGCUUUUUCGUCAACAAGCCGAAACAAGAAAGCUAUCAAGUCUUUUAAAGGAAAUACUUUAUUUGUAAUCGAGUUUGAAGGCGAUCUUUCCCAACGAUAUCCUGGCAGAGAUAUUUCUGAUUUAUCAAAGUAUCCAGCGGAAGAAGAAGUGCUACUUUAUCCUGGCGCCGAUUUUCGCGUCGAGAACGUUGAAGAAAAUGUGGGAUCAGAAAAUCGAACUGUUAUUCAUUUAUCACUUACGUAA